AUGUCCGGGGGCGUCGCGCCGCGGGGCUGUCCGUUUGGCAGCGUGCCGCUCGGCGUGCGGCGCACGGCGCGGUUUGGGAAGCCCCCUGCGCUCCGGGAAGCCUCCGGCGCCCUGGAAAGCCGCCGGUGCCCUGGAAAGCCUCCGGCCCCCUGGAAAGGCUCCGGCCCCCUGGAAAGGCGCCGGUGCCCUGGAAAGGCUCCGGCCCCCUGGAAAGGCUCCGGCCCCCCGGGAAGGCUCCGGCGCCCUGGAAAGGCUCCGGCCCCCUGGAAAGGCUCCGGCCCCCUGGAAAGGCUCCGGUGCCCUGGAAAGGCUCCGGCCCCCUGGAAAGGCUCCGGCCCCCUGGAAAGGCUCCCUGGCCGGCCGGGGACGCCUCGUGCGGCUGCGCCGGGGCUCGCGGCCGCCAGGCGGCGCUGCAGAGGCCGCGCGUGCCCCGUGAGGCCCCGCGGCGCGGCCAUGGCGGAGCGGGACGGGCCGGGCGGCGCCGGGCGGCCGGCGGGCGGCGGGAAGAUGGCCCUGCACAGGUGUGAAACUUGCAGCAAGGAAGCAGCUAAGUACAGAUGUCCACGGUGCAUGAAAUACUCAUGCAGCCUGUUAUGUGUGAAGAAACAUAAGCUUGCACUGAGCUGUAAUGGAGUCAGGGAUAAAACAGCGUUUGUCUCUGUAAAUGAAUUUACUGACUUGAACCUUCUGAGUGAUUAUCGUUUCCUGGAAGAUGUAGGAAGGACAGCUGAUGCUGCUGCUCGGCGUUGUAUUGUGCAUAGUCCAGCAACAAAAAGACUUUUAUACUGCUUGAGGAACAAAGCUCGAGGACGUAAUAUUGAGCUAAAAACACUUCCUAUUGGAUUUACAAAAAGAAGAGAAAAUUCUACCACCUUCAAUUCUGUGGAGAACAAGUUCUACUGGCAUUUGAAGCUCAUAUUUCCUCACUGUCAUGCUGAAUACACUUUAAAAGGGGUGCCUGAUGAUAAAACACUUGCUGAUAUCCUCAAGCCUUAUAUUGAUCCAGUGGAGUCAGAUCCUGUAGUUUGUCAAAGAUUAAAAAUCUAUACAGCAUCUCCUCAAUCAGAUGUACGAAUUUUAAUGAAAAUAGAAAACAGGAACCGAAACUCUAUCAGGUACAAUGAACUGGAUGCCAGUAGAAGCCUUCUAGACAAUCUGAAAGGCAAAGUAAUAAUUGAGUAUCCAACAUUAUUUGUGGUCUUGAAAACAAUGAAGAAUGAUAUGGUGGUCCUUGGCCAAGAAGGCAGUGAACCUGCAGAGAACUCAGACAGUGAAAGCUCAUCCCUUUCAUCAGUGGAAGAAGGGGAGAUUCGGGACAGUUCAUGACAGCUCUUUGAGAGAAGAGGAUGGAAUGAGCUUUUAUUUUUUUAAUUAUUUAAUUAAAUUUUUUUAAUACAA